CUGACCCACAACUUCUUCUGAUUCAUCAAUUAUAAUUACCUCUCUCCCCUCUUUAGCCUUUUCAAUGGCUUCCAUUCCUCACUUCUUUCAUGACUAUUCAUUUUCUAGCGGUUUUUCGCAGUUUUCCUACCCGGUUAUCGCUGGAGAUCAUCAAAACUAUGGUGAUCAUGCAUCGGCUUCUAGCGGUACAAUCUCUAGUGGUGCAAUUUCAAGUUGUGCAGCUUCUAGUGGUGGUGCUAUAUGGGGAGAUGAUCAGACUUUUCCUAUUUCUUUUGAUAAUGUUUUGCCACCGGAAUCUGACGUCGCUUCGCCUGCUCCAACGAUGUUGUUCUCUCAUGAACAAUUCGGACUUCAGGACUCAUCGGCUGUGCCUACAUUGCCGGACUAUAACAUGAGUGUGUGUGGCAUUUCUGGGAUUCAAAACUUUGGAACCAGAAUUCAACUUCCGGAUGUGUGUGAGUUUGGAGAUGAAUGUUGUGGUUAUAUGCAAGAUUUCAAGCCACCGUAUCCCGCCGCCGCAGAAAAUUGGGGAAUCCAGAGUACGCGAAUGCCAGUAAUGGAGGAAGCCAAUAUUAAGGUUGGCCGGUAUUCUGUAGAAGAAAGAAAAGACAGAAUUCUGAGAUACUUGAAGAAGAAAAAUCAAAGGAACUUUAACAAGACCAUCAAGUAUGCAUGCCGCAAAACCCUAGCAGACCGGAGGGUUCGAGUCCGUGGGAGAUUUGCAAGGAACAGUGAACUAUGUGAAGAAGAGAAUAUCAAGAAUAAUGAAAAUAAUUCUCAUAAAGAGAAAGAUUUAUUCUGUAAUUCUGAUGCAAUCCAUGAGAUCAAACAAGAUGACGAGUCGUGGCUGCAAGAGGCUAUGGCGAGUCUGAUGUAUUUACCAUACAUUGCUGGAAAUUAAUCAAUCAAUCAAUUAAUUUAUUAUUAAUGAAGAGCUAGCUCGAGCGAAGCAAAGAGAAAGAGAUUCAUGCCUGCCUACUUUAAUUUUAAUGUCUUAGAAAUAGUCUCUAACCAAGCUAAUUAGUUUUCAUAACAAAAAUUGCUUUAGAUCGAGUUGGGUUUCUCUUUUCAGUUGCAAGGUAGCUAGUUCUAUUAAU